UAUCUGUAGUCGUGGCCGAGUGGUUAAGGCGAUGGACUAGAAAUCCAUUGGGGUCUCCCCGCGCAGGUUCGAAUCCUGCCGACUACGAGCGGAGCUGACUGGUUCUCUUUUCUAUUUUUUUGGUGUUUUUUAUUUUCCUUUCACGCGGGUCACGGGGCUGCAGGCGGGGCGGGGCGGGGGCCCGGCUGCGGACAAGCUCCACAGGCACCCCCACAUCCCGCCGGGCACGGAGACUCCGCCCCUGCCGGCGCCGGGGCCGCCUUGGCAACCGCUGGCGGCGGCAAGAUGGCGGACGACUUGGACCGAUUACUGGAUGAAGUGGAGAGGCGGCUCUGCCGCCUGCCAGGGCGCGGGGCGGCGGGCGAACACCGGCACGGCGACGAGGAGGAGGAGGAGGAGGAGGAAAGGGCGGCGGCGGCUGCGAAGGAGGGCAGAUCAGCUAAACUGUUAAUAAGUGCUGGCAGCAGUGAAGAAGAUAUAGACGACAUUAUUGAUGAAAUCUGUAAUGACAGCGGCUUUGCCAAAACACCUCUGAAAUUGAAGCCUAACUCUGCAAGUCUCACACCUGAAAGCAAUAGUGCUGUUGUUGUACAGGCUCAUAGGAAGAGAUGCUGUCCAGUGUACCUGGGUGGAAGCUCUUCACCACAUGGCAUAGGAACAAGUAUUUCAAAAAGAACAUGUGAUCAACUACGUUGUACUGCUUGCGACUUCCGUGUGUCACUUUUCAAUGACUACGUCUGGGAUCAGUCCUGUGAUUAUCUUUUUUUCAGGAAUAACAUGCCUGAGCUCAGUAAACUAAGAGCGAAGAUGAGAAAGAAGAAAGGAGCGCGAGCAUAUGCUUGUCAGUGCAGCUGGAGAUCCAUUGGUGAAUUAACUGACCUCCAAACAGACCAGCAACUUCGAUGGGUUUGUGGUAAACAUGCAGAAUGACGUCCUCGUGUGUGUGGUACCUACUUGUGUGGAAACAGGUCAUAAACUCAAUUUGUUUCCUACGCAGUUUUCUGAGAACAGAUGGAAACCUGAAUACUUGUACCUAGAAAUAGAUUAUAACACCCAGACUUCAACCUGAAAACUUUUUUUUCAAUUUAACUGUCUUGCAAGCAAUAUGGGGAGUUGAAUUAUUAGAAGAAACAACCAAUUUGGAGGCUUCCAGAAGAAGCUAAAUGAGGUUAAAGCUCACACUAGUAGUGUUAAAGAAAGGAAGAGAAAAUAGACAGAUUUGCUUUGCAUGGGGCAAAGCACGUUGUGACUGUUCCUCAUAUCUAGCAGAGAGCCUUGUUUCGCAUGUCUGCAAAGUCUUGGACUCAGAAUGGUGGGUUGGGAUGCAGCCAUGAAUGAAUUUCUGCACGGAAAUUAGUACUGCUGUUCUGCUUUGCUCAUAGCUGUUAAUGAGCAAGUGGUUGUAGAUCUCUUAAAAAAUUACUGCGAGAUCAGCUCUCACCUCGAAGGUUUCAGCACACCCCAAAACUUUACUUUCUUUCACCCACCAGCAGCCAAAAACUGCAGGUGCUGGAAAUUUCUUUCCAGUUCCUACUGCUUUCUUCAAAGCACUUUGUGCUGACUAAAGACUUUUACCACAGUGAAUUUCUUGGACUUCCCUUCAGCAUUCACUGCAAGAGGUGAACAAGUUAUUGUGCAAUUACUAAAUAUUGUGCAAUUUUAAAGAGAUUCUGAAAAGUAUUUCUAUCAAUAUUUUCAAGGGAAAAAGGUCUCAGGCUUUUAAGAGUGAGAAAACAUAUAUCCCCACUGACAUUCAAAUUUGGAUUUUUUUCACUUAGAUUUCACUUCAGCUUCACUUCAAAAUACUACAUAUUCAGAAGGUGCAACUGUCCUGUUUCAACACGCUCCCUUCCCCCAGUAACAUUGUAAAACGACUUUCAGUAUCAUGUUACUUGGCAAAUUGUCUUGGUUACAGUUAAUGUCACUAUAGUUUAUUAGCGCUUUCUUUUCAUGAUAUAUUAAUAACACAGGAGAUGGAUUUGGGGUUUGGGCAGGCAGAGAGGAAGGAAAGGAUUACUAGUCCUGGGUAUUACUACAUUGAGAAGUGUCUCAAAAUGGGAAGUCUGUCAGUAUUUCUGCUAUGCAGUGUGUGAUAUUGUACAGAUAAAUUCAAAAUUACUUACUUUGUGCAAUUCUCACUAUACAGAACCACUUCUUUUUUUGUGAAGUUUUGCUCACAGUCCUAAUCUGUACAUUGUCAAUCUGUUCUUUUUCUGAGCUUUUCCAAAACAAUUGUAUGAUCUUCCUUAUAGAGGCCAUCUCUUGAAUCUGUCGCUUUGUCUGUACCCCUCUGAAAGAGCAGGUCCCCAUAGUGACCAGAGGCAUAAUGUGCUCUGCAUCCUGCUCCCCUUCCCCCUCCGUGAGUGGAUUUUUAGAACCUGCAGAGGACCAGCCGUGUUCCUGGGAGGCCUGGCAGUGCUUAGCACGCAGUGCUUCAGUGCUCUAGAGUGCAUGUUCCCUGCCCCAUGCGGCCUUGCGAGGGGGUCAGGGGUGAGUUGGCUUUGGAGGGGUACUACUUGGCGUACUGGUAUAGACAUAUGUAGGGUUAUCUAUCGUUUUCAAUGCAAUUGGUGUUUCAGGCUGAAGUUCCAACUGCUAGAGUAUAAAACUUCAGGUUCAGGAGAGAGAGACCCAGAGACUAGUUGAUUAAUGCUCAGUCAGCUACUGGAAGAGGUCUGCUUGCCUUUCUGUGGUUUGUGAAGAGAUAGCCCCUGUGUGGACUGCCAGCAGUAAAGCGUUCCUGGGUUUUCUUCAGGUGGGCCUGAGCCAUUUCCAUUCCCAGAGGACAUUAGCGCUAAUGGUAAGAGAAGAACCCAGCAGUAGUAUGCAAUUUAUUAACAAGCUGUAGAGAAGAAUAAACCUACUUUCCGUUCUUCUUGAAGAAGAAUGCAUUUCAAAAAGAGGUGAGUUGCCUAGUUGCCUUGGCUUGCCUGGUCCAGGGCCAUUUGAAGCUGACGACCAAGGAGCCCCACAGGAUGCUCUUUUGGCCUGGAUUUGCACUGGAACUUGUGCCGCAUGUAGGGAACAAGUUAAGUUUGCAAUUUGUGAGCAGGAAACAGGGAAAAUACUGACACCCAUCUCAGUUUGCGAGACCAAGUCUUACAUGACUUGGAAAAGAAGCAUAUCUCCUGUACCCUGCUUUAAACAAACUGACAGAAAUAGUCACCCCCUCUGGAACUGUUUGCACUACCAAGCGUGAGGAGCAAAUUGGGCAGAAACAAAAGUUCAAGACAUCUGUUCUAGUGAUUUUUAUGACAAGAGGACAGCCUGCAGCACUUGAAAAACGGAGGCUAGGAAGGAAUUGAGACAAAAAAACUAAGUGUAGGAGAAGUAAAAAGGAUUAACACUGGUAUCUAUUGACAACAUUAGUCAGCAUUUCUUCUCAGUCACCUCAUCCCUCAGUCUUGUUAGCCUAGAGAGUUGUAGAAACAGUUCUUUUUCUGGAUAUUGUUGUCAGGCGAUUGUAUCACUAACACCAUUAAGACUGCACUCCAAGCACUGAAAAUGUGAGAAUAUAAUGUUAAUUGGUAAGUGGAAAUCUGUGCAUUCCCAGGAAAUCAUUGUGUUUAUUCAAGUGUAGUUACUUGUUUCUGGCCUUGGUCAGAAUGGUGGGAUACGAUAGCUCUUUGUCCAAGUGAAUUUUAAAUAUGUGCAGAAAUAGUGCUUAUUGUAUUGGGUUUUAUUACAGAAUUUAGCAUAUUUCUAGAUCUGAGAAUAGUUGCUAUGUCAUUAAAUAUAAUUAUUUUGUUGGAAAAAGAAAUGGUAUUAAGUAUUUGAUUUGCCUUCCUUUGCUUUCUUCAGUUACACGUUACAAACCACUCCAAAGCCCUCAAAUGAAAAGAAUGUAAAGAAAGGUAAAAUUAGAGCUUGACUGUUCAUUUGAUGAAGGUAUUGUAAGAUUGCACGAGGUUUUUGAGAGGUACCCCAGACCCUAAGUGAUAUUUCGGUGUCGGUUAUCUGAGAUAGCAGGGCUUAACGUAAAGAAUUUUGUUUAAGAAUGCCAUUCAGCUGUUGUCAAACUGUUGUCAACUGGAGAACAGUUUUGAUAAGUAUAAAUGUGACCAUUGUUUUCCCUCAGUUUUUUGCUUAGGGAGAAAUAAUACCAUUUCUGUUUGUGAAAUGGGCAAGGUGAAAACUUGAGACUUUCAUUUUGCUUGGGUGAUGUGCUUGGAAAUUUUCUAGCCUGCAGCAUUAGUCUGUAGCAGAUCCUUCAACAAAACAAAAGCAAUGAAGGAUGACAGAAUGAGAAUCCACACAAUAGCGUUCACUUGGAAAUGUAUUCAGCCAUUUAAUGUCGUACCAGCUUUUCUAAACCUGUGGUCCUGCAGUACUCCUGGAUAGGAAUCCAAUUCUGAUGUACAUAGUACAUCUUGAGAGCUUCUCUUUAUCAAAUUUUAAUGUGCUGUUCUAAGUAUAUCUCACUUGUUUUACCUGCAAACUGUGGAGGGUGUCCAACCCAGAUGCUGAAUGUUAUCUCAGAAGAGUAAUUAUUAAGGAUCUUGCCCUGCCAUAAAAUUUAACUGACAGAAGUUUAAUAGCAUUACAUAUUGCAAGCUCUGCACUGCAUAGAAUUGAGUAGAGGUUUUGUUUUUCUAAACACCAAUUUCAGUUUUAUACUGAAGGUAUUCUGCAAAUGCUAGCCACUGGAAGCUGCCACUUGUUGAAAGACUGCUCGCAUCUCUUGUUUCCUGACAUGUGAGUCUUUGGAUCGUGUAACCAGCACGUGUGGUAGUCACACAGUAGGGCAGGGUCUGUGCUGGGAGCUGCAUAGGCAAAUUUUCCUUUUCCUCAGAAAAAGAGCUGCCGGCCUCUCUUUGCAAAAGACUUGGCCAGUUCUGACUGUUGUGUGACACCCAAUAACCGCAGACAGGCCAGCCUGGAAGGGGAUGGAGUGAAGGAGUGUCAGGUGCUGCUUAUUUGUGAGGGCUAUGUAUCCUGCCUGGGAUUUGGCACGUGUGCUUCAAGGAAAGUAUUUUUCAAAUGUCGACACUUCAAUUAAAUGAAAAGUUGGAACAAAUCUGAACUGUGUGUUGUGUAAAUUCUAUUGUGUUGUUCCUCUCCAAGAGAAGCCUUGUGAAAAUGAAGAACCACGUUUUCUCUGUCAGAAGGGUUAUGAAAUGCCCUUAAUAUAAAAACCUUGCCCAGCUCCUAAGAAACAGUAAGUACUUGGAUGUUUUCUCACAUCAGUGGGGAUAUAGCAAAUACCUGAGAAGUAAAUGAGCUGUAACGUUCUUUACCAGAUAACAUGAGGAGAGCACAUUAAAUUAGAGAAAGCUCAGAGAGGUGGAUGUGUUUACCAUGUUGCUUGGAUGUUUACUCAGAAUAAAAGGUGGAGCCAGCUGCUGUGGCAGGUAGCAUAUAGCUGAACCUCUUGCAGAGUGGGCUGCUGGUACCCUGUGUAUCAGUCAAGGCAGGUUAUCACAAGCUUCAUACUGGUCACUUAAAAGAGGGAUAUCAAGGAAUCGCAGCAUUUGCUGUGCCUGGAUCUUGCUGUAGAAAACCGUUCUUAGCACCAUGGAAGAUGUUGGUCUACGUAUGGGAGUUGGAACAAAUCUUGUCUCUCCAUCAUGAAGAAAUGCUGCAUGGCGUACAUUAGAGUCACAGACAUAAAUACUACUUGCAUUCUGUUCUGAAUUUGGCCUCCAGGGUUUGGUGCUAUUCAGGCAGUAAUUACAUACCAGACGUAGUGGCCAGUGUGGACUUGGUGAGGAGGGCACACAGAAAACACCCACUGCCUCAGGAGUGCGCCUGACUUACCUUCCUUACGACUUGCAGU